AUGUCUCGCGAAAUCCCAGUUUUGAACUAUGGUGGAUCAGCCACCACUGUUUCGAUGGGUAGCAAUCCCACAAGGGACACUUCUGGGAAUGCUUAUCCAAACCCAUACAAUCAAGGCUCGCAAAUAGGCUCUGCUGGAGAAAGGUACCCAAAUCCAAACCAGGGGUCUGGUAUCGGUUCGGCAGGGAUGACUUAUCCCAAUCAGGGAUACGGUAAAGGACCAUACGAACAUGCUCGCAAAUAG